AUGCAAGCAGACUUUUCGGAAUUUUUGGAUGAAGAGAAAAAUAUUAUAGGAAAUGAAAAGAUAGUGAAUGAAGAAGGGGGAGGUACAUUCAAUAUGCAUAAAAAUCAUUUUCUUCAAAGAGAAAGAAAAAAAAGAAAUAGUACAAAUGAAAAAGAAAAAUAUGUAUACGAAAUUGAUCACUUAUGGGGUUAUAUGGAAUGGCAUUACAAUUUCGAGGAUGAAAUAAAAGUCCAAAAGAAUUUAGUGGAAAAUAUAAAUAAGUUAAGAAAAAUUCCCAAAUUAUAUGUAUCUGCACAUAUAAUUGAAGGAGCAGUUAAUGAAAUGUCUAAAAAUGAAAAUAUAUGUAUAUUAAAAUAUACAACAUAUCCCAGUUUUUAUCAAAAAUAUAACAAAGAUUUAGAUAAAUUAAAGGAAUCAAGUGGUAAAAAUAGUAUUUAUAAUGUGUGUAAUUAUAUAUAUGAGGUAUGUGAUAUUGCAGACAAGUCUUUAGUGUUUGCAAAUAGUCCAGUCAUUAAUACUACUAUGAGAAAUAUAUUAAGUAUAACAAAAAGCGGUAAAAAAAGAGAAGAUUUCAAUGAAGCAGAGGACUUAGAAUGUAUUAGUGAAGAUGAAAUAUGGCAAAUUUAUUUAUCGAAAAAAAUAAAAUGUAUAAAUGACCAAUGGUUAUUAAUAUGUAUUAACCACGAAUUAAAAAAUAUUAUAAAAUAUUCAGGAGAUAUUUAUUUUAAAAUUUUCAAUAAAUAUAUAAAAGAAUAUAAUGAUUUUUUAAAAAGUUAUAAUUAUAACUCUACAGUGGGUCGGGAGGAUAUCCACAGGGCUGUAAGUAGUACCAGUCGUAACAGUACCAACAAAGGUUAUAUGGCAUCAAUCAAUAGUAGUAGUAGUAAUAGUAAUAUUCGUGGUGGUGAUAACUGCGCAUACAUAACGAACACUAGACAUAACGCUUUCGAAGUAAACUGUACUAGUAAUAACUUAAAUUUAGAGAAACUAAAAAAGUACAAAGUAAAUUUAAUCUUUUCAGAUAAUAAAGAUAUCAAUCAUAUUUUAUACAAAUUAUGUUUGAACAUGGGGAAAUUCAAUGACGCUGUGUUGUGUACAAAAAAUAAAACAUUCAAUAUACUAAUGAAUGAUAUAGAUGGAACCAUAGCCAUCUGCCUCAAGUCCUUCUUGUCCAAGUACUACGGCUGCGGAGAUAGGGGUGCUCAGUGGGAUGGAAUAAAUGAGGGGGUAAAAGCGGAAAACGGGGUUAGUGGGACAAGCGGGACGCACACCGUCCACGAUGAUGAGGAGCUAGUGAAAACCUUGUCCAUUAUGGGUCUAUGCAAGGAAAAAAUCGUGUUAACGGAAAAGGCAACUAUAUUCAGCAACGUGGAAUUACUGUUCUCCUAUUAUAUGAUCGUUGAUCGUGAAUCAUUAUAUCGAGCGGAGGAUUCCACUAAGAGGAGUGGCAACAACCACAACAACAACAAUAGCUAUUGUGAUGGUGAGGAGGAAGAGGAAGAGGAACAGAAGGACGACGAUGGAGUAAUUUAUAUUAGUAAAAAAGCCCUUUUUGAAAAUUUACAGUUUUCCAAUGAAGAGAUUAGCAGCUAUUUACUACAUUUGCAAAAGUACAGUACUAAUAAUUUACUGUACAUAAAAAAUAAAGGGUUUCGAUAUGUAAAAAGUGAAAUUAUAUGUGAAUUUUUAAUUAAAAUAAUUGAAUUAAUAAGCAUAAAUGAUAGUUUAUAUGAGUAUCAGAAUAUUGAGAAAGGGAAAGGGAUGAAAAAUAUGCUUUUUCAAAAAUAUCAACAGAAUUUACAUAAAGUAAUAAAAAAAAAAAAAAGUGGUAUCAGUCUUUUAAAUAUAAUAAAUUUAAUAUAUGAAAAUAUAAACGAUUUUUCCUUUUUAAAAAAAAAUAAAAUAGCUAUAGAACCAUAUAUAAUAUUACAACUAUGUUGGAAAUGUUGUGAUAUUGAAAACAAACAUUUUGAAUAUUUUACAAUUUAUUAUAAUUACUAUUUUUUUUAUGAGUAUUUAAAUAAGCAAUCAGAGGAUUUAUCAUAUGAAGAUAUAUUUGAAAAUUAUCUUGAAUUUUUGGAAAACGAUGAAUAUAUUAACGAUACAAUUGUGUACAUAAAUUUGUUUAAGCUACAUAAUGUUAUGGCAUUGAACAUUUUAAGAUCCAGUGGAAAAGUUGUUAUCCAUUCGGAAAAGCUAUUUACAUUUGAUAUGGAGAUGUAUACAUACGUUAAAUACAUAGAUGAAAUUUUUAGAAGUUUUAACUCUAAUUUAAUGGACAUAAUAAUACAGGACUUUAUAAGGAGCUACCAGUUCUUUUUGGAUUUUGGCUAUGAAAAGGGGAAACAUAACAGCAAAGAGAAUUUCACACCGGGGAAAGAGGGCCUAGUAGGAGAAGAGAAGGAUGUAAAAGGUCGUAAGAGUGGUAAUUACAAUGAAUAUAAUAAUGACAACGAUGAUGAUGUGGACCAUGUGGGCCAAUCCUCAAAUCAGAAGUUAUCCAACGGGGAUAUUUACAAAAACAGAGUACUGUUCAGAAAUAAUAUAAUUUUAGGUGUGAACAAUAUAAAUCAUAUAUGUAAUGAUAACUACAUGUUUGAAUAUUUUAUUGUAGUAAAAUAUUAUUACAGCGAAAAUAAUUUUGCAUUAUUAGAAAAAAGACUAAAAAAAUUUAUAAAAACAGUAGAAGAGGACUUUAUGAAUACACAGUUGAUAUCUUCAGGAGGUGGUGGUAACAUAACGGAUGAUACUAACACAUCUGCUUAUGAUAUGAAUAAAAAUUACAGAUCAAAUUUAGACAAGUUAAAAAGUAAUUAUUGUUUAAAUUAUAAGAUUUUUAAAUAUCAAACCACAUCCUUCCCUCAUAUAAGAUUAACUAAUAAUUAUAAUGACUUACUAAAGUUUGUAUAUACACCUUUGUCUAUUCAUUGUUCUAUAUUUCAUGAAAAUGUAAUUUAUAAUAAAAAGCGAAAAAUUUUUCAGUUAAUACCCUCAUUUCUUCUAAAGGAUAAUUUACGAAGCUGCCUGACUGCUUUAUUUACAUUUAAGACUUCAUACUAUGCUCAGGAAUUUUACCCUUUUCUUAAUCCCCUUCUGAAUAAUAAGGACUUGAUCGGCACCAUAGCUGUUCCGCCCUUGAGGCACUGUAGGACAAAGUUAAUUGAAAAAGAAAAUAAAAAGAACAUCGAAUUUUUGGAAGUAGGAAAUAUUGUCUUCUCGUCGUUAAACAAAGAUAUACGAAAUUAUUCAAAGUCCACCGAACAUAAAAAAAAGUUCAUUGAAAAAUUGUGCAAACUGUAUAACUGUAAUUUGCCCGUUAAUAAUUUCUCUGCAUAA